UUUUUUUUUUUUUUUUUUUUUUUGUGCUUGUCCAAUUGUGCAACUGAAAAGAUUGAUAUGCAAGAAAUUGACCAAAGAGAAGAGUGUGAGAAAUUAUAAAGGAGGAAGAAAGAUUCAACUCAAGUUCUCAACAUAUGAAGCCAAUACGGAAUAGGGGCAUAUACUGAGAGAGCUUCCAUUUGAUACCACCAUGAAAGAAUAUCCAUUGCCAAAGUCCUUCAAGGUCUUCUAGAUUCCUUUGCACAUAAUUCAUCCCAUCUUCCACAUGCACCCACCUGUUUAAUGAUAUUCCUUAAUCCCAUGGAAUAUAUCCCUCAAGUUUUCUAACAAAAGCCCCUUCAAGUUAUACCUCCAUACAAUUUAUAUUACAAUUUACACUACACUCAAUCAUCAUGGUGACCUGUGCUUUUCUCUCUAUAAAUCCCUCUCUCUCUCCUCCCUCUUUUUCCACAGCUACCCAAUCAUCUUUUUCCUCUGCCUUUUGUCAUUCUCCAUCCCCUGCUUUCCUCAGAUUCCCAAGCUACCAUUCGUCAAGAACAAAACCCAGUAGCCUUUACGGUCAAGGUGUUUGCUUUUGUUACUCUGAGAGGUCAAGGGGUUUGAGGGAAAGUAGAAAACUUGAGCUUAAAGCGAGCAAUAUGACUAUUACAGAGGUCGAACAAGAAGAAGAUGAAGAGGGUCCUCCUCCUUAUGUUGAUUCAGAGAUAAACUCAAGACCUCGCCGCAUUGCUCUCUUUGUGGAGCCUUCUCCCUUUGCAUAUGUGUCAGGUUAUAAAAAUCGGUUCCAGAAUUUCAUUAGGUACUUGCGUGAAAUGGGGGAUGAGGUGAUGGUUGUGACAACACACGAGGGAGUGCCUGACGAAUUUUAUGGAGCAAAAUUGAUUGGAUCCCGAAGCUUCCCUUGCCCCUGGUAUCAGAAGGUUCCCCUUUCCCUUGCACUUAGUCCUAGAAUUAUUUCAGAGGUUGCUCAGUUCAAGCCUGACAUUAUACAUGCAUCCUCACCUGGAAUUAUGGUUUUCGGUGCUCUCAUUAUCGCUAAGUUAUUAUCUGUCCCUAUAGUGAUGUCUUAUCACACUCAUGUGCCAGUCUAUAUCCCACGAUACACCUUCAGUUGGCUGGUGAAACCUAUGUGGUUGGUUAUAAAAUUUCUGCACAGAGCUGCUGAUCUCACGCUAGUUCCAUCAGCUGCAAUCAGUAAGGAUCUCCUAGAAGCUGGGGUGGCAGCAGCUAAUACAAUCCGUCUUUGGAAUAAGGGUGUUGAUUCUGAAAGCUUCCAUCCUCGCUUCCGUUCUCAUGAAAUGCGAUUAAGACUGAGCAAUGGUGAACCUGAGAAACCUUUAAUUGUUCAUGUUGGAAGACUUGGAGUGGAGAAGAGUUUGGAUUUUCUGAAAAGUGUCAUGGAUAGGCUUCCAGAAGCACGCAUUGCUUUUGUUGGAGAUGGACCGUACAGGGAGGACCUAGAAAAACUGUUCUCUGGCAUGCCCGCAGUAUUUACAGGUAUGUUAGGAGGUGAAGAGCUCUCUCAGGCAUAUGCCAGUGGGGACGUAUUCGUGAUGCCUUCAGAAUCAGAGACACUUGGGCUUGUUGUUUUGGAGGCUAUGUCUUCAGGUAUCCCCGUGGUAGGAGCUCGAGCUGGUGGAAUCCCAGAUAUAAUUCCAGCAGACCAGGAGGGGAAAACUGGCUUUCUCUAUGAUUAUGGGGAUGUUGAUGACUGCUUAAGAAAAUUGCAGCCCCUGUUGGAGAACAAGGAACUAAGGGAAACAAUCGGCAAAGCAGCACGUGAAGAAAUGGAAAAGUACGAUUGGAAGGCAGCCACGCGAGUAAUACGAAAUGAACAAUACAAUGCUGCCAUUUGGUUUUGGAGGAAGAAGCGAGCACAGUUUCUCAGACCUUUGCAAUGGUUCAUGAAGCGCAUUUUUCCACCAUCCCCACCAGAAAUUAAGUGCAGGUGAUGAUUCAGAUCCUACAGCGUUUAGCACAGAACUGGUUGUUGUAGACUUUGCAUUGGGCUUCGAAAGAAGUUUGUUGGAUUGCACUUGUGAUCAAUUGUAACUCAUUCGUUGUAUAUAUUGGACGAUCAAGUAAAGUAAAUUGAUUUGCUCAA